AUGGCCGAGCGCAUUGCUAAUGCGCGCAAGGAAGCAGAGUACCUGAAAGACAAAAUCAGAGAAAAGAAGGCCGCACUCAACGAUACCUCUCUAAAGGUCAUGUCACAAGAGCUGGAACCCUUGACGCGCAUCAACAUCCGCAUUCGUCGUGUGCUCAAGGGCCACUUGGCCAAGAUUUAUGCAAUGAACUGGGCUUCCGACAAAAAGCACCUCGUUUCGGCUUCACAGGACGGCAAGCUGAUUGUCUGGGAUGCCUACACAACCAACAAGGUGUAUGCCAUCCCUCUGCGGUCGUCCUGGGUCAUGACAUGUGCUUACGCACCGACCGGCAACUUGGUCGCCUGCGGAGGACUCGACAACAUGUGCUCCAUCUACAAUCUCCGAACGAGAGAAGGUUCCGUCAAGGUGGCGCGUGAACUCAGCGCACACUCUGGUUAUCUGUCCUGCUGUCGCUUCUUGAACGAUCGUCAGAUCUUGACAUCCAGUGGAGAUAUGAGCUGUAUGCUGUGGGAUGUAGACGCGGGCAUGAAGACCAUGGAGUUCAACGACCAUACAGGCGACGUCAUGAGCUUAUCGAUAUCUCCCGACCAACGCCUCUUCGUUUCUGGUGCAUGCGAUUCGACGGCCAAGGUCUGGGACAUUCGAUCGGGACGUUGUGUUCAAACAUUUACGGGACACGAAUCCGACAUCAACGCCGUGCAGUUCUUCCCUAACGGCGAUGCGUUUGGUACGGGUUCGGACGAUGCAUCGUGUCGCCUGUUUGAUCUCCGGGCAGAUCGCGAGAUGAACAUUUACACACACGACAACAUUCUGUGCGGUAUCACGUCGGUGGCGUUUUCGAUUUCAGGUCGAUUGAUGUUUGCUGGAUACGACGAUUACAACUGCAACGUGUGGGACACUCUGCGAUCAGAUCGUGUUGGUGUCUUGAUGGGUCACGAGAACCGCGUCAGUUGUUUGGGCGUUGCCAGCGAUGGCAUGGCCAUGUGCACCGGGAUGUCGUCGUUGUCAACAUCCCUCAAGGUCCAACCCUUGACCUCCCAGAACCGCCCCGGCGUCGCCCAACUAGUCUUUGACUCCCACAUGAAAACCGUCACCCCGCUGUUCCACUUUGUCAAACUACGACCUAUCGCCCUCCUUCUCUGGACAGCCAUCGCCACAGGGAUCUUCAAGUACCGUCAAACCACUCUAGACAGCUACCUCGAGAUCCUGACGGUUAUGGCGGGUGCGGUUCUUGUUGCGCAAGGGGUGUUGUUUUUGACGUUGCUUUAUGAGGCUUCUACUACUGCACCUGGACACUUGGGUGUGGGGAGGUUGGAGUAUUUUGGAGAUCAGGAUCGUUUGCAGGAUGAGAAGGGUGCUGGUUCGAGUUUGGCAGGAGGAGUCAAGAAGCGUGCCGUCGCAGAGUCAACAACAACAACAACAACAACAGCAACAUCGGAGAAAGAUGAGGAUGUCGUAGUGAUGGGCGGAUCACUGGCAGGAAAGGACAACAAAUUCUUUGUCCUCGAGAAAUCCAGCCGGGUCAUCGGCUGCAUCGGCGCUGUCGUCGACCGCUCCAAGAACGAAGCAACCAUUACCAACUGGGCUGUCAACGUUGACGACCAACGGCGUGGCGCAGGAACUCUCCUCCUCAAGACUCUCAUGGAAGCGAUUUCCGAGUCGGCCAAGAAGGAGAAGGUUCAGGUUGUGAGGGUCAGGUUGCAAGGCCAUCAGGUGCCUGCUUUGAGGUUGUUCCACAAGUUUGGGUUUGCUCAGGUAGAUCGGAUGCCUGAGUGGAUGGGGGAGCGGGUUUUGUUGGAGAUGAGUAUUAAGGAUUGGGGGCGGAACUUGGCCAAGGCUCAAGCUGAGGCCCAGAAGCACGAUUGA